UACAGGAAAGUGGAAAAACGAAAGCACACACCAAAGCGCGCGUUUGCGUCCCCCUCCCUCUCCUCUCCCUCUCUCUCUCUCGUUCGCUUGCUCUCGCGCACUCUGUCUCUCUCUCUCUAAUCGGCGAGUGAAUAACUGCUUUAGCGGCUACUGUUCGAAGGGCUGAAAUAUUGAAAGAUGGCUCGAAACGAGGAGAAAGCUCAGUCUAUGCUAAACAGAUUUAUCACGUUGAAGAAUGAAGAGAAAAAGAAACCUAAAGAACGCCGACCGUUUCUAGCUUCCGAAUGCCGUGAUCUGGCUGAAGCUGACAAAUGGAGACAACAGAUAAUGCGAGAGAUUGGUCGGAAGGUUGCUGAUAUCCAAAAUGAGGGCCUGGGUGAGCACCGGCUUCGUGACCUGAACGAUGAAAUAAACAAACUCAUUAGGGAGAAAUGGCAUUGGGAACGCAGAAUUGUAGAGUUAGGUGGCCCGAAUUACACCAAACAUGCUGCUAAGAUGACUGAUUUGGAAGGAAAUAUUGUUGAUGUUCCCAAUCCUGGUGGCAGAGGUCCUGGGUAUCGAUAUUUUGGUGCGGCCAAGAAAUUGCCUGGUGUUAGAGAACUGUUUGAGAAACCACCUGAGCUGAAGAAGAGGAGGUCUAGGUAUGAAAUCUUCAAAAGGAUAGACGCCAGCUAUUAUGGUUACCGGGAUGAUGAGGAUGGGGUUCUUGAAAAGGCUGAGGCUCCUGCAGAAAAGAAGGUGAGAGAGGCUGCACUUAAUGAAUGGUUGCUAAUGGAAAAGAUUAAGCAGGAGGCAAAGAUGGCUGUCAAGAGCGGGGAAGUUGCAAGUGCUGCUACAGUACUAUUUGAGGAAGAAGAGGAUAUUGUGGAGGAGGAAAGAAGGGCAAAGGAGAAAGAGAGCGAGAAAGAGCAGGAGUUUGUCGUUCAUGUGCCUCUUCCAGAUGAAAAAGAGAUUGAAAGGAUGGUUGUCGAGAAGAAGAAGAUGGAAUUGUUGAGUAAAUACACGAGUGACAAUCUCUUGGAAGAACAAAUUGAAGCAAAGGCCAUGCUUAAUGUUCAGCAUUAGCUGUUCCAACAAUUUUGCAUCCACUGUGGUUUGAGGAUAUCAUGUUAUUCUACUGGAUGCCAAUCUCUCUUUAAAUUUGUAUGAAACUCUAAGGAAGCAAGAAAUGUUUUAUUACUCGUAACCUUAAUAUUACUUGUUCAUUAUCUUUUCAUUUAGGUUGUAGUGUAAAAUGAACCAUUUGUUUUUCUGGUUGAAAAUUUUGAGUUGUA